AUGAUGGAAUCAAAUUUAAUAAGCAAUGGCAAUGCUACAUCAUUUGAUACUUCUACUUUUGAAGAAACAAUUUCACAGUCUAUUAUGGCAAUGUUGAAUUUAACGAGAGAAGCGGAUAUGGUUGAUGCAAUUAAGAUGGCAACUAUUGGAGCAGUUUUAGUUGUACUCAUUAUGGCAUGUAUCACCGGUAAUUUAUUUGUUAUUAUUGCAAUUCUUAUUGAGCGUGAUCUCAAAACUCGGCCGCAAUAUUAUCUUAUAUUUUCGCUCGCUAUUGCUGAUUUAUUAGUGGGUGUAAUAGUGACACCAUUGGGUGCCUGGUCAACAAUAACACGUGCAUGGACAUUUGGAGUAGAAUUGUGUGAUUUCUGGAUUAGUGUCGAUGUAUUAGUCUGUACAAGCUCAAUUCUUCAUUUAGUAGCAAUAGCAUUAGAUCGUUAUUGGAGUGUUACGGAUGUGUCCUAUGUGCAGAAUAGGACACCACAUCGUAUAUUUAUCAUGUUAGGCAUUAUUUGGCUCUUAUCAUUACUCAUUUCAUUGGCUCCAAUGUUUGGCUGGAAAGAUAGUGAUUUUUAUCGACGGGUGAUGGAGCAACACGUGUGCCUUAUUAGUCAGCAAAUAACUUAUCAGAUAUUUAGUACGGCAACUGCCUUUUACAUACCAUUAUGCGCUAUCAUAUCUAUCUAUUACAAAAUUAUGCGUGCUGCAAAAAAUCGUUUCAAACGUGAACGUGAGCGCCGUAAACCUGCCAUCCAUUCAGAUAAGGAUGCAAAGUAUCAAGAGAAACAUGAAAAUCUUCGAAAGUCAAAAAUGGAAACUAAUCCAGAUAUGAGGAAUGAAAGUGAAAAAGUUUCUUCAAUCAUUACAAAUCCAACGUCUAACAAACAACUCUCAAGUGAUGCUGCUGAAACUUGCCUGAUUCAAUCCAGUUCAGAAUCAAUGAAUGGUAAAAGUCGACAGAAAAAACUAAACGCUUCUCUGAAGAGGAAGGGAUACUUCAAAGAAAAUGCAGAAAUGAAGCAUGAACGUAAAGCAUGGCGUACGCUUGCUAUUAUUACUGGAACAUUUGUUGCCUGCUGGACGCCAUUUUUUCUCAUAUCUUUAUAUCGACCGAUAUGUCGCUGCAAGAUACCAGCAUUACUGGAGUCGAUUACCAGUUGGUUAGGUUACUUAAAUUCAGCACUUAAUCCGAUCAUUUAUACCGUAUUUUCGAAUGAUUUUCGAACAGCUUUCAAACGUAUCCUUGCUCGAUUGCUAUUUCUUAAAAUGCCACGACCACAAUACCGAUAA